CCUGCUGCUGAAGGCCAGGGCAAUGCAAAAACACGUCCCUGCAGCAGCUAGCAAGCCUAGCGCACUGUGUGUGCACCUGCCAGCUGCAAUGUCCAUGCAAGAUGACACCGCGCUGGGCUAUAUAUUGGCACACCUCAAGAACGCCGUGAGUGCUGACGAAGGCGUGCCUCUCUCCAGGCUGCAAGGCAUCCUUUCACAACUCCCACCAUCAAUCCGCGGCCGGUUCUGUGCAACAACUCAAACCAUACGGUUGGUCGCAAGACGGUUUCCCGGCACAAUUGUUGUAGGUUCGGACAACAGAGUUUACACGUCCGCACAAGCUCGCACAUCUACCAAAAACAGUGAAGUAAAGAGCCCCAACACGACUGAGGCACCCGUUGAGCUCAGUAAUGUCACUGGCACAGUCGCGAAAGUGUUAACAUUUUAUGGCUUUGUAGAUGUGGCACACCCGCUCCGAGCUUGUAUUUUUUUUCACAAGCGGUUUUUCGAGGAAAACAGACACCAUGACCUGACAAAGUCGGGGAUCAAGCUAGGCGACGUCGUCAUAUUAGACGCAGUAAGAAGCCCACCAGGACACAGAGCCAAGUAUCAGGCCACUCGUAUAAAACUGGUAAGAAAAGUGGCCCACACCAACAAUCCCGCACGAAAGCCGGCAGCGUGCCAACCAGGAAGUGACUGCGUGACCAGUGGAUAUUGUGGCACAAUCCAAGCCGUGAAUCCAGGCCAUGCAUUUAUAUUAUUUGGCCAGGACAAUAAAGAUUGUGCCUACUUUUCUAUUGACAACGUUGACAAAUCCCUGCUUCAGCCGCAGGAGAGCCUACACGACCUCUUUAGCGUCGGGGACAAGGUCCACUUCGAUGCCCAGUCAAAUGCAAAGUCGACCAACUGCGCCAAAAAGUGGCUGGCCACCAACGUCAAAAAAGUGCAGUGUGCUGAACUUGCGUAG